AUGAAAAACGUCUCACCACCAACACAAGAUCCCGAUCAAGAGGAUAGAUCGACGUCAGCGACGAAGUUUGAGUGGGAUUUUUCCGUCUCCGCCGUGGUUUCAUCCUCCGUUGCCGGUGGAAACAUCUCGGACACUCUCGGCGUCGUAGAGGUUAACUCCUCCGGAAACCUCUUUGCUACCGGCGGUAUAGCUAGGAAGAUCAGAGUUUAUAGCUUGAAUUCAUUGCUAUCAUCAAGUCGUCUAGAGGCAACAUUGUUUGACCAUGCUACUGCAUGCCAUUAUUGCAUAUGUACCCCAGCAAAACUCAGCAGCCUCAAAUGGAAACCCGGGUCCGGAAGCCAGGUCAUGGGAUCGGCCGACUACGACGGUGUUGUCACGGAGUACGAUCUUGAGACCAAGAUGCCGGUUUACGAGCGUGACGAACACAGCGGCCGGCGGGUUUGGAGCAUGGACUACUCCCACUGGGAUCCGGUUGUCGGAGCAUCUGGUGCCGAUGACGGAACCAUGCAAAUGUGGGACCCGCGCCAUGAUGGUGGGAAAUGUGUGGCUAAAGUGGUGUUAGGGAGUCCAGUUUGUUGUGUGGAGUUCAGCCCGUUUGGUGGCGCAUUGGUAGCCGUUGGAUGUGCCGAUCGAAAAGCCUACGUUUACGAUGUGAGGAAAAUCGUUGACCCGGUAGCGGUGUUUGAUGGGCAUCAGAGGACGGUAAGUUACACGAGAUUCCUGGAUGAUCACACGGUGGUGACGUCCGGCACAGAUGGGUGUUUGAAGAUGUGGGACAUAGAGAAGCAGCACAUGAUUCGCACGUAUAAAGGGCACACAAACCAAAGAAGGUUUGUGGGAUUAUCCAUUUGGAGAAAUCAAGGAUUGAUUGGAUGUGGGUCUGAGAGCAACCAGUUGUUUGUAUAUGAUAAGAGGUGGGGCGAACCCAUAUGGGUGCAUGGGUUCGAACCAGAGGGUGGAAGAAGGUAUGAAGAUGGGUUUGUGAGUAGCAUAUGUUGGAGCCAAGAGGGUGAAGAUGAGUGCACGUUGGUGGGUGGUGGUUUUGAUGGAGUUGUAAAGAUUUUUUCCGGAAAAAGAAAACCGUUAACUUAA